CGGGGCAGAGAGGGCGGCCCAAGGUCGGCGCGGCGGGGCCAAGCGGUGCCCGGCGGUGCCCGGCGGUGCCUGGGGCUUGCGCUGCCCGCAGAUGGAGUACGACUGGCUGGGCUUCGGCUACGCGGCGCUGGUGGCGGCGGGCGGCGUGGUGGGCUACGCCAGGGCAGGCAGCGUCCCUUCUCUAGCUGCUGGUCUUCUCUUUGGUGGCUUAGCAGGACUAGGUGCUUACCAGCAGUCCAAAGAUCCCAAGAAUGUGUGGCUUUCCCUCGUGGCAUCUGGAACCUUGUCUGCUGUUAUGGGAAUGAGAUUUUACAACUCCAGAAAAGCAAUGCCUGGGAUAAUUGCUGGUGCCAGUUUACUGAUGGUUGGACGGCUUGGAUUGCAGAUGAUGGAAAAGCCUCUUAAGCCAUAAGUCACUUGAAGAUACGUGAUUGAGAAGCCUGAAAAUGCAACUGCAUAAGUGUGCUACACAGAAGUGGAAAAGGCACUGCUAUCUGUGCAUUCUAUUUUUCAUACCCUAAUGCAUAUGGAUUGUGCUUUUAGAGGACCGACGUUGAGAGCCUUUGUUAACGUCUUCCAAAGUGAUAUUUGUCUUAACAUUUUCUGCACUGCGAAGCAAUAAAAUAGGAACAUAGAAUUAGUAUAGCUUCUAGUCCUGCAACUUCCUUUAGGCAAAGACCUCUUGGCACUUGCAUACAGACGAUUGGAUGAUUGAAGCUUAAAUGUACACCUGGACUUGUCAUUCUAAAAUAAUCUAUAUCUCUAAAAUAAUAGGAGAGGAGUUGCCAAUUUGUCACUGGUAACUAAUAACAUAAUUAACAAGCUUAUUAUGUUACCAGUCCCCUUCCACUUCCCUGCCAGUUUAUCCAGUCAUGAGGUUUGUCAGUCAGGGACUUUGCUCUCCCAGCAGUGUGCAUUAGAACCUGAUCCCACAAAGCACAAUCAUGGAGCAGGCUGUCACGGUACUGCUGUAAUGCAAACAAUGCAAACCUGUUGCUUGCAAUUACUUCUAAGCAAAGGUGACCAGCUGAAUGUCAUUUGUUUCACUUUUACAGAUUAUUAUUCAUAAAUAAAAAAUGUGCUUUGUUAGCUAUGCCUACAAUGCAGCAUUGUCUUGCAUUUCAUGAGAGUUAAAAUGUUAUUCUAAAUAAACCAACAAAUUAUUACUACGAA